GCCGAUAAAAGGUGAGACUUCCAUAACUAUUUUCAUGGUUGAGCGGUCAAGAUUAUAUUUGAUUAACUGCAAGUAAACAACAGAAUUCAUUACGAUCAGUCUUAAGCGAAGAUUUUCCUGUUACCGCACGUUCUCGAAACGAGUGUGCACUGGGCUGUGUAUUAUAUGAAACGUUGCAAAAACAAAGAUGGAAGAAAGUGGCGUAACCUUAGUCAGCACGGAGUGAAGUUGUAUUUGUUGUUGUGGUUAUACGUGUGUAUGCAUACCUGGAAGCGUUGAAAAAAUAUACGUUGUGUUUUGUGAAACAAGUAUAAUGCAACAAAUCGAUACAACUGCAUCGCACGGCAGCCACCGCUAAAACGAUGGACUUCGGCUGUGUGAGUCGUGCGGCUGUUUUGGUGACUGUGCGUCUGUGUGAGUUGUGCUGGCGGGUGGAAUAAUUUUUCUGCCGCAGGAUUUUGUAAACAUAAUCAUGAUACUGUAAAUAUGGAAAACAAAAUAAUAAGACAGCGGUCUCAAUGUGCUUCAGAAUUGUAUUUUCUAAUUACGAAGUUCUUGGAUGCUAGCCCUUGUCAUCAGACAGCAGCGGUGUUAAAACAAGAACUUCAGCGCCUGAAGAUACUGCCGAGGCGACUCGAUUGGCAAGGAAAUGAACAUGAACAAACUUUUGGUGAACUGGAGCGGAAGUAUCCACACAUUGGGCCAAAUCAUCUACUCGAAGUAUGCAGAAGACUCGGCCCAUUGUUGGACCAGGAACUGAAGCCAAGUUUACCAGGACUAACAUCCCUGCUUGGCGCAGGACGACAGUCUUUACUUAGAACUCAAAAAGAUCACUGUGCUCACAAUUUAUCUAUUGUUGAUUACGCAGUUAGGAUAAGAGGAUGCCCUCUGAUUGAUCCUGCUGGUGUGAACAGGCAGCAUAACUUAGUUAAGGUGCUCCAGGGUCGUGAACUCUCAGGUCCUCUGAAACGCCACCAGGCUGUCUCAUCCAAGUUGUAUAGCAAGCUGCAGCUUUAUUGCCGGACUUUAGGUCAUCUUUCAGCUGUAUAUUGCCUUCUUUUUGAUCGAACUGGAAGAUAUGUUAUUACGGGUGCUGAUGACCUUUUGGUGAAAAUAUGGAGUGCCAUAGAUGGACGUUUGUUGGCAACAUUGAGAGGGGCAUCAUCAGAAAUAACAGACAUAGCUGUAAAUGUAGAAAACACACUUUUGGCAGCUGGGAGCUUGGAUAAGAUACUGAGAAUAUGGAGUCUUCAAACAUCUGCCCCCGUGGCAGUAUUGACGGGGCAUACAGGAAUGAUUACAUCGGUCCAUUUCAGUCCUAUGAUAAAGUACGAUAUGCGUUAUGUAGUUACAACAAGUACUGAUGGAUCAGUUGCAUUUUGGAUUUAUCACCGCCUUAGCAGGAGAAAAUAUAAUUUUAUCCCAAAGCCAAUUGUUUACAAUGAACGAAUGAGACCAGGACAGGCACAAAUGAUCUGUGCUGCAUUUAGUCCAGGAGGUUUGUUCCUGGCUGCAGGAAGUGCAGACCACCACGUCAGAAUUUAUUUAAUGACUGCUGGUGCAGAAGAUGGACCAACAAGAAUAUUGGAAGUAGAAGGGCACUCAGAUCGUGUAGAUAGUAUACAAUGGGCUAACACAGGUCUGCGAUUCAUAACUGGAAGUAAGGAUGGAACUGCACAGGUAUGGCAGUUCAAAUGUCAAGAGUGGCGCCCUCUGCAGCUUACCAUGAGCACAAAGCUGCCUGGAUCUUCUGAUACCACUGAUGAUCCAAAGGUGAAACUGAGGGUUUCAAUGGUUUGCUGGAAUCGAAGUGAUCAGUUUGUAAUUACAGCUGUCAGUGACUAUAGUAUUAAAGUAUGGAAUUCAUCAACAGGUGCUCUAGUGCAGGUUCUAAGAGGGCAUAAGGAUGAGGUAUUUGUGUUGGAAGCUCAUCCAUUUGAAGCUAACAUAUUGCUAAGUGCGGGACAUGACGGGCAGCUUAUUAUUUGGGAUAUAAUAGCUGGGACACAAGUGAUAUCAUUCCAGAAUGCCAUCGAAGGUCAAGGGCAUGGAGCUCUGUUUGAUGCAAAGUGGUCACCAGAUGGAACAAUGUUGGCCGCUUCAGAUUCUCACGGCCACCUUCUCGUGUAUGGGUUUGGACGUGGCAGUGACAGAUUUCAUAAGUUGCCAAAGGAAAUGUUUUUCCACACAGAUUAUCGGCCUCUUAUUAGAGAUGAUAAUCAUCACGUGUUAGAUGAGCAAACUCAGAUAGCACCACAUUUGAUGCCACCUCCGUUCCUUGUAGAUAUUGAUGGAAACCCUUAUCCACCUUUUCUGCAGCGUCUUGUACCUGGUCGAGAGAACUGUCAAGGAGAACAACUCAUUCCAAAUGUUGCCUGGCUUGCUGGAGGACAUCAAGAAGUUAUUGAAGGUCUUCCAACCAGUGAACCACGUUCAAAUAUAGACCAAAUGAUUGCUGCUCUUGCAAAUCGUCAAUUGGGUUCUGAUGGUUCUGCAGCAGCAGAAGCUGGUGAACAAUCAAGGCCAAAUUUAGCACCUAGAGCAGGACCAAGAUUUGGAUUUCGUCGGAAUGGUGAUGUGGAAGGCGUUAGACAGUCUAGUGGUAACUGGCAGCGAGACACAGAUUUUUGUUGGAACCGAGGCACUCUUAUUAAGCCUUUUGAUUCCGACGUGCUGCAGGAUUUGUGGCAUAAACAAACUGCCAACUAUAAUUCAGAAAUGGAGCAAUACCGAAUUGAGCAGUGCAGGCGUCCCCCAGAACCCCCACCUCAGCCACCAUCAACUGCAGUUGGGAAGAGACGACGUGGUGUUCGCAAUCAGCAUCAGCACAAUUACAGAACUAGAGCUGCUCAGGAGCAAAAUGUCAAUGCGGAAUCUGAGAAUCCAGAAAACAAUGAUGUUACUGCAAGCUUGUCAUCAGCAACUGAUCACAAUAAUGAUGACUCGACUGCUCGCGAGGAAGAUUUGGCUUCCAUGAGUUCAAGUUCUGACACAGAAAGUUCUGAAUACUCCGAUUGGGUGGCAGAUGCUGGUGUGAACCUGGAGCCACCUAAAAGAAGUCCUGUGAGAAGAAGAGCCCAAGCUGCUCAGACUAAUCAUAGGCCUAUAAGACAGAGGAAAAAGGUAUUUCCAGCUGUCAACAAUUUGUCAGAGGUUCCUGAAGCUUUCCGUCCAACUGAAUGGCUUUCAGAAAUUAUACCAAGAAAAGCUCCUUAUUAUCCUCAGAUGGGUGAUGAAGUGGUUUAUUUUCGCCAAGGCCAUCAACUGUAUCUAAAUGCCGUGAGAAACAAGAAGCUGUAUGAUUUGGGUAAUAGGUGUGAGCCGUGGGCUAAACAAACAAUAAGAGCACACGAGCUAGUGAAAGUAAUCGGUAUUAAAUAUGAAAUCCGACCACCUCGGCUGUGCUGUUUAAAACUUGGCCUGAUGAAUCCUGAUGGGCGCCUAACUGGAGAAAACUUCACUAUAAAAUAUCACGAUAUGCCAGAUGUUCUAGAUUUUUUAGUUCUCAAGCAGACAUAUGAUACGGCAGUUGCACGUAAUUGGAGAGUUGGUGAUCGUUUCCGUUGCAUGAUUGAUGACAGUUGGUGGAUGGGUGUCAUAGAAUCACAGAGUCCACUGGAACAAGAAUUUCCUGAUUCACAUUUUAUGUGCUACAAAGUAAGAUGGGACAAUGGAGAAUAUGAACACAUGAGCCCUUGGGAUCUGGAGCCAAUUAAUGAAGAUCGUCUCCCACGAAUCACUGGUGGAGCUGUACCUGUAUUACCACAGGAAAUUCAAGCAACACUUUAUCAGCCUCAGCCUGAAGAAUGGCCUAUGGGUGACAGGGAUGCUGCAUGUAGACGUAUCCUUGCUGGUCUAGAUCAAGUAAUGAGUCUCUCUAUUGCAGAACCCUUCAUUGCCCCAGUGGAUCUCAACCAGUAUCCCUCAUAUGCAUAUGUUGUGGAAUAUCCAAUUGACUUAUCAACGAUCAAGGGAAGAUUUGAAAAUCGGUUUUAUCGUCGCGUUACAUCGGCGCAGUUUGAUGUUAGGUAUAUAGCUACAAAUGCUGAAAAGUUUAAUGAGCCAGGAAGUCAGAUAGUUAAAAAAGCUCGUAUUGUUACUGAUUUGUGUCUGAGAGUUAUCAAAGAUCGAAACUUCAUCAAUGUACCAGCACUUUAUCAUCAACUGCUGGAUGCAUAUCAAUCAUCAGAUUCUGAAUAUGAGGUGGAUCUGAAUGAACCAGGUCCAAGUAAUGGCCGCAGAAGGUCAAAUCGCUUAACAUUAAAAAGAAAUUUGGCUAUGUUAAGAAGCAGUAAACAGAAAGAUUGGCAGGGAGAGUGUCGUCAGCUGCUUGAAAUGUUGUGGCAGUGUGGGGACUCGGCGCCUUUCAGGGAACCUGUGGAUGCUUUGGAGCAUCCAGAUUAUUAUCAAGUCAUUGAUACACCUAUGGAUCUAAGAACUGUGAAAGAGGAUCUUUUGGGUGGAAACUACCAAAGUCCUCUUGAAUUUGCCAAAGAUGUGAGACUCAUUUUCUCUAACUCCAAGAAUUACAACACUAAUAAUAAAUCAAGGAUAUACUGCAUGACUGUUCGUUUAUCAGCAAUGUUUGAAGUACAUAUGGAAACAAUAAUAUUAAACUGGAAGUCAGCAAGACGGCGUGAAUUGUCAGAGAAAAGAGAAACUCUGGAAAUAAAACCACUCAGACCUGUUACAGGUGUGACAACACGUAGAGCGACAAACUGUUUGAAAGCUGUGAAUGGGGCUGGCACCUCAAGGGAGCUAAACAAUGACAGUGAAGAUAGUGAUACAGGGAGUGAAGUGGAAGAAAAAGUUAAAAAGCCAAUAACAAGAAAAGCAGCUGCCCAUAAAAAGCCUCAAGGUGGAGAGGCUGUCACAAAUGGACAUAUACGCAGUAAAUCUUCAUCUCAUCCUGCAAUACGUUUGAAAAUAAAUUUCCAGAAUGUUAAAACUGGAAGUGAAUCAGAUAGUGAGAGCAGAAGUAGAAGCAAGAGCAAUAGUAGCAGUGGUAGUGGUAGCGGUGGCGGAGGCGGAGGUGGUGCCGCUGGUGUUGGCGGUGGCGGCGGCGGCGGCGGCGGCGGCGGCGGCGGCAGCAGUAGCAGCAGCAGCAGCAGCAGCAGUAGUAGCAGCAGCAGCAGCAGCAGCGGUGGAAGUAGCACCAAAAAUGACAGCAGCAGUAGCAGUAGCAGUAAUGGCAGCACCAACAGUACUGCUAGUAGCUCUAGUAGCAGUGGCAGCACUAAUAAAAGUAACACUGCUAGCACAAGUACUGCUAGUAGUAAGAAGAAGAAAACAAAAAAUGAUAGGAAAAAUAACAACAUUAACAGAAGUAGUAGCAGCACUAGUAGCCAGUCAUCUAGGAAACUUGCAAGUCUCCGUAUUACUAAAACAAGAAUUCAGACAAGAGGGAAGAAGAGAAUGCAUCCUACAGAUUCUGAUGAUGAUUAUCGUGUUGUAGCUGCAACAACAAGUGUUAGAUCAGUACGUACACGUAACCGGGGGCGCCAGAGAGUACACUACCAGGACCAGUUGAGUGAUCGUGGACAAGGUGGUGACAGUGACAGUGAAAGUGCUAGUGUACCGAUCAGGACUGCACGGAAAGUGUCCAGACGUUCCCAGCACUACCGAGAAGAAACUGAUGACAGUGAUGACCGCGUCGAGCCCCGGAGAUCGACGCGACCUCACAAGCGGCGUUAUCUUAAUGAUGCUGCUAAAAGUGAUGGAGGAAGCAGUGAGGGUACAGACGGAGUGCGGAACUUGCGACCCUCAUUGCGAACUCCAGCUGUGCGACGCCCGAGGCGGCGAGCCGUCUCUUCUGCACAUUAUGCUGAAGACAGUGGUGCAGAGAGCUCAGAUCACACACCUGCUGUUAGUGUCAGUAGCAGAGGACGAGUUCGUAAGCUGACUCCUAGAGCACGGGCUCUUUUUGCCAAAUAGCAGUGGGUGCACACCGGCGCCGGCGUGAGUUCCCGUGGACGCUUGCGGAGAUUAACUGUUAAGGCGCAAGCGCUGUUGGGUGAAUAGCAUUAGCUCUCGUCCUGUGUGUCUGGUGUGCUAUGUUUGCAUGAAAACUGCAUCCUGUAUGGUUGUGGGUAUUAUGACAUAUGCUACAGCUGUCUUGAAUGGCAAGUUGUGAUUACUUGUCACUGGUGUUGAUACCUGUCCGAUAUGAUAGGUCUGUUACAGUAUAGUCACUGUCUGUUUUUUGUAUUGUUUGCACAUAUUUAAUGUUACCCUUUUUCUAGUGCAAACAUAUAUUUGGUACUGUGUACCACCAUUUGCACACUGUGUACAUAUUAUUGCUUGUAUUGGUGGAUCUCAUAUAACAUUAAGAGACAGAUAACAUGGCGUUGAAUAAUGUUAGCACACUGCAGUUGUGUGAAACUGGAUUUUGCACACACUAUUAUUUAUGUAAAGUAAAAUGGAUCUAUUCACAGCCAGUUAGUGGUUAUGAGGAAACUUGUACUGGAGUUUUAAAAGAACAAAGAGCCGGCACUGCAAUUUGUCCCUUCAGAAGCCAUGCAGCAUGUGUUAAAUGGGGUUUCAACCAUAGAAUUCAGUCCUAAUACAGUACACAUUCUGUAUUAAAAACUGAAAGUUGUUUCUAAAUGCAUUAAAUUUCCAAAUGCAUUAAAUUUCAUGUCAAUGCUCUUUCAGAGGAAUGUUUGACUGAAUCUGUUUGUCUCUGACUGAAAUUUGGAGUGAGUAACAUGUACAUAUUCCCACAAAUAAUUUAGUUUUAAGCAAGUAAUUUAUAUUAAUUACAAAGUAUUUUAGAUAUAAAAAUAUAUUUUUCAUGUUGAACUUAUUUAAAAUAGUAUGGAAGACAAUUUAUGAAGGAAAAAGUGAAUUGAGUGUUCCAUUUCUCUGUGAGCGAUAAUUUUCACUGCCAGAAUCAUUCCCCAUAUUGAAAAGACUAUUUAUUAGUAAUCUCAUGACACUGAAGUAUCCUAUUGGGGUACUGUACGAUGUAUGAGCUACGCAUUAAAGAUCACAAAUACUGCUACCAGCUGCUGUUUUAAUUUAUUUUACUCAGUAAUUUUCAGGAAGUAUGCUUUUGUUUUAGGUAUGGUCACACUUUAAGUUUAUAAUGUAUUUUGGACUGUACAGCUCCCAUCCUAGUAUUCACCUUUCAAAAGGUGGAAAAACUUUAAUGAAUGCACAACUUUGUGUAAAGUUGUGUUGUUUCAGGAAAUGUAGUGGAGUGAUAAUAAGCUUGUCUAGAAUGAAACAAGAUAUAUCUGGGAACAAACUUGGAGAGAUCAUGUGGUUAGACAAAUUAACACAUGACUAAAAUUCACUGUAUAGCUUGCACUAGCAACCAUUGAAUGACAGUACCAUAACCUUUGUGUCCAUCACCUAAUUUCUAGAAUACAAGUGACAUAUUUCUAAACUCCAGCUGUUGUCUUAAACUGCUGCAGGUCAAUGACAGAAUAGCUUCAUAUAUAAGACGAAAUUGAGUUUUAUUAUUUAUUCUUCACUGAAAUAAGUCCAUCGUUCAGUUACUCAGUACAAGUUAAGUAUCAUAUCCCCAAAAAUCCAUGGUUAAAAUAAGAAUUCCUCUGAUCUGAAUAAAGCUUCAGAACUUCCUGACUGUAAAGGGUGCAGGAGGAACAAGGGAGGGAGGAAGAAGAAUGACACUUGGAAUGAAUUCAAUUUUUGAAAAUAUAUUUUAAGUUGAAUGGAAAUUUUACUGGUGGCAGCAUUUGAGAAAUUUAUUGCAUGAUAUUUGUGAUUAGGAAUGGAGAGAGGCAUGUUGAAGAUCUUUCAUGAUUCAUUGUAGACAACUUUCAAUUAGAAAAUUAAUUUUUAUUUUUGGGACGGUACGUAUUAAUCUUCAGUGAAGUAGCAAAUACCCCACAGGACAAAAAAUUGCCAUAUGUUGCUCUCUUUUAUAGUCUCAAAUUCAUUAAUGUUCAUAAGAUUAAUCUUGUUUGCGUAAUUUUCCUAUGAAGUCAACCAAAAGUGGAUAUAGAUAUUGUGAUGUGUCUGUCAUACAUAAUUUUACCAGACCUUUUUUUUAAAAUGUGCCUAGUGUUUUUAUCCCACCCUUUAAUGACUAGAAAUGUAUUGGUGUGACUAUUUAUUGUAAGUCAACAUUUUUGCACUCGAGUAUCUUGAAAUUUAUUUUGCAUUAUUUUGAGUGUAUAUAACAAAAAUAUGAUACGUUGUUGUGCUCAGAUCAUGUUCUGAUAGUUUCUUGGUGUAAUAUAAAUGUCUUGCUAUGGAAUCAGUGUUUUGGUGACAAGGGAGUGGAAGCCAACCAUAUGAUUUACUUAGCAGUGGUGAUCACGUGGUAAAUAAAUGUUAUUGCAGUCAGUCGACUAUUGCAUGGUCUUCAGAGCCAGAUGGCAGGGUUCCCUUUUUUUGUCUAGAGAGGGAACAGCUUCCUACAAUUGUUUCAGAAAGGAAAGUGUUCAGUAUAUGGCUGUGUAACAUAAAAAAUUGCAAUUGAAUUUCUGCUUACUGAAUGCCAUUUGACUGAUUUACAAGCAUUGAAGGCUGCAGCGCUACCUUCCAGUGGGAACAGUUCUUCAAAAAUAAUGAAUUUAUUUUUUUUCAUGUAGUCAGAAUUUUAUGCAGUAUUUGUGCCAGUAUUUUAUCUGUCCUUGGUAGUUAUUUGAAACUUUUCUUAUCGGAAAUUCACUGUUCAUCUCAAUAUUUUAGUAUUCAUUUUGGCUCUUAACAAGUGCCAAACUAGACCAUUUUUGUGAAGUGGAAUCAUAUUUCAUCAUAACAAUUACAUUUUCAUUGUACAUGUACACUGAACAUUAUCAUAAUACAAGAAAUAGUAAUGUGCAUAUUUCUGAUAAGCAGUCCAUUACAAAAUAACUAGCUGGUUUGUAGUAGAAUUGAGUAGUUCUGCUUGCUUAAGAACUUUACGGAGACCUAAUGUCGAUUUGAUGUGGAUCCACUGACAGGGAGGAUGCGUCAUUGAACAAGAUGUGUGUUUCAUACUAAAACUGAAUGCGUGUUGUCUUGAUUCAGGACAGAGCAAAUGAGAAAUCAGUGGACCUUCAAAGAAAAACGUUUUUUUGGGGAGGCCACAGUGAUAAAAGGUAGGGAGAAUGAAAAUAAAAAUAAAAAUAAGAACCAAGUAAAAUUGUUUAUCUAAAGCUAUGAUUUUUAAGUUCUGCUCAUCAAAGACUGAAUAAGUACUGCAAGGAUUUGCAAGGCAAUGUUAAGACGAUUGUAAUUUGUGUGGUAGUGCACUGUUAACAGGCCUUUCAGACAUAGUCGCCAUAGUUUGAUGGUUAAUUACAGGCCACAUCUGGUGCUUACAACAAAUUAUUUCCAGCCAAGAGAGAGUGACUUGUUAACAGUUUGUAUUCAUUACCUGCUUUAUUUGUGGUAGUGCCAUGUUGCAGUAUUGUCCACUAUCUUUUGUAUUGUGAAGCUUGUAUGUUCUUUAAAGUUCACCUAUUUAAUAUAUCCAUGAGAGAUUAAAAAGUGGAACAGAUGUUACAGUAACAUUAUUGUCCAUUAUAUUAAUCAUAUGAAUAAAUGAUAGCACAGAUCUAGCAGAAUAAUAUAGGAGAUUUGUUGGUACAAAUUAUCAGAAAAAGAUUAGCACUUGAGAAUGCUGACACAAUUAAUUCAGGAACGGACUUAUUUGUGCCUUAUCUAAAAUAAAACU